AUGUCAGCCGCCAUCGCCCUCCGCCGUGCAGGCCAUAGGGUAUCUAUCUACGAACGUGCUAGCUUUGUCAGUGAAGCUGGUGCCUCUCUCUCUUGUGCAGCAAAUGGUACGCGCUGGCUAAAGGAGUGGGAGGUCGAGUUGGAAAGAGGUGACGGCGUCGUCCUGCGCAAGCUUAUAAGCCGUGAUUGGACGACGGGCAAGGUACUAAGCUUGUACGAGCUAGACGACUAUGAAGACCGUUGGGGUUACGUGUAUUAUAUGUUUCAGCGGCAGCGUAUGCACGAUAUGCUGAAGCACUCGGCACUCGGGGAGGGCGCGGGAGAGCCCGCAAAGCUCUGGGUUGAUCACAAGUGCGAGAGGAUAGACAUGGAUACCGGGCUUAUCCAGUUUGAGAACGGACGGACAGUCAAGCAUGAUUUGAUCGUCGGCGCCGAUGGCAUCGGGUCCACCGUCCGCGGUAUUCUCGAUAUAUGGCCCAAAAGGCAGCCUGCCGAUUCCAGCUGCCUGCAUGCCAAUGUUUUGACUAAAGACGCUGUGGCUGCAGGUCUCGUGGACUUUUCCAAGGACCAGGCAUUGCAGUUCUGGGGAGGCCAGGGGGAGCUCUGGGAUAAGAUCGUCCUCUCCCCAUGCCAAGGCGGUAAACUCAUAUCGUACUAUUGCUUUUUCCCCAGAGACAAGGGCGACUAUAUACAGCAUAGUUGGGGUGGAGAGAAUCGACCAGUCGAGGAACUUCUGGCACCGUUCCCAACACUCGAUCCGCAAGUCCGAGCACAUCUGGCUCUAGGCAAGGAUAUCCAGCCAUGGCGUUUAUGGAAACAUGAGCCAUAUCCCUACAUCACAAAGGACAUAGUCUGCUUGGUCGGUGACGCCGCCCACCCGAUGAUGCCGCACCAAAGCCAAGCUGCAUGCAUGGCGAUCGAAGACGCAGCUGCUUUGGGAAUUCUUUUCAGCAAAAGGCAUUUCAACGGAGAUGUGGCCGAGUCCAUCGCGAUGUAUCAAGAUGUCCGUCUGCCAAGAGCGACAAAGGUCCAAGCAGCCGCCGCGAGAGCCUCGGAGAACAUCAAUGAGCGGAUUGGAUUUUCCAGUAAUGUCAAUGCCCCGGUCUACAAGGUGAAAGGCGAGCAGGAGAAGUUGACCAUCGAAGAAAUGAACGCGUAA